GCGGGCUUGCCCAGACUUGUCGCGAGUCGCGCGACUCUCCUCUCACAAUGGCAAAUUCUCAGAGGAGAGUGCUUCUUAUGUCUAUCAACGCGCUCGCAGAAACAAACCAGGGCGGGCGCCCUCACAUGGAGGACUACGCGUGCGUCACAUUUGAACCUGAUCCCAAUGGCGGUCAGGCUUUCGUCGCCGUUUUCGACGGUCACGGCGGUCGGCACGCGUCGUCGUACGCCAAGAAGCAUCUCUGGAAGAAUAUCAAGCACCAGAAGGGAUUCGAAUCGCGCAACGAGCACGAGCCGGUGCUCGCCGCGUUGCGUCUUGCCUUCCAGGAGACGCAGGAUUGCAUGUGGAAGGCUGUCGAGUCGUGGCCGAGUGCUAGACCGGGGAUGUUGAGCACAGCCGGAACGACGGCGUCUUUGGCCAUCGUUCGCGGGUCGUCGUUGUAUAUUGGCCAUCUGGGAGACUCGGGGAUUGUACUCGGGAGGGACGAGGGCGUACGCGAUGCGCAUGGGCAGAGACGGCUGUCGGCGGUCCGUCUGACUGUUGACCACAAACCGGAAUUGGAAUCGGAGAAGUCCCGGAUUGAAGCUCUGGGAGGUGAAGUGAAACCGGGAAAUGGAGGCGUACUGCGCGUUGUGUGGAACAGGGUUAGACAGCCACAUACUGGUCCCGUCCUGAGGAGCACAGAACGAGAGCAAGUCCCAUUUCUCAGUGUGUCUCGGUCGUUGGGCGACCUGUGGAGCUACGACUUCGAGCGUAAAGAUUAUCUAGUCUCCCCUGUUCCCGAUGUGUCAGUCAGAACUAUCGAUGUGAAGAGAGACCGGUUUGUUAUACUCGGUUCUGACGGUCUUUGGGGAGUCGUAAGCCCAGAGGAUGCCGUCCAGUUUGUGGAGAAAUACAAAGGUGAAGGAAACGACGACGUCUGUCAUGCCUUGAUUGUCGAGUGUCUACGUCGAUGGAGAGCAAGGCGACUGCGUGCUGACAAUAUAAGCGUGGUAAUCCUCUAUUUUCACGAGCCCAUUCGUUGCCCAGAGUUUAAACCUGUCGCACUCAAUUCGAGUAACGAGUGGACUGAUGCAGGGACCACUAGUUGCAUUGGAGGUAGGAAACGGGUCGCAGAAGUAAGCGAUGCCGUUGGCCUUGAAAGCAAAAGGACGAGGAAUGAUGCAUCAGACGUGGAGUCAUCCCCGUCUGACAGUGAAAACAAUUGAAUUGAAAGACGAGAUGCAGUGAAUUGCACUCGAAAUUAUCAAUUUAUACAUACUAACAGAAACGAGUCUCCAAUUAAUUGCCUAUAAAUUUAACACUAUUUUUAGGAGAAUUGAUGAAUUUUAUUAUACUUGUAUUAUGAUCACUGUGAUGCUAGUGCAUUAUAUGCAUUGUAUGCUUUUAUGGUGGACGGUGUGUAUUAUACAGUAUGUGCAAGUCUAACACGAUGCAGUGAGUCUCCACCUGAUGUUUGUUUUUCAA